UCUCCCUCUCGCUAUACUCGCUCCGCAGGCUGUUCCAUACUUCCUCGACUUCUCUUCGGCGCUCCGUCGAGCACUCGUCCCGUCGGCACCGGCCGGCCGCCGUGAUUUGUUUCCUCCGCUGUUUCCUUCGGAUUCAUCUAUUUUCCCUCCCUGCUGGCGGUGGUUCCUUGUCCUGGGGCCCUUGGGGGCCGGUGGAUGGAGUGAUCGAUACGAGGUUGCGGGGGGAUUGAUGGGGAGGGUCGGCCUCGGGUUGGCGGUGGGGUGCGCCGUGGUGACGUGCGCGAUCGCGGCAGCGCUCGUGAGCCGCAGCGUGAGGAGGCGGUGGCGCUGGGGUCAGGCGGUGGCGCUGGUGAGGGAGUUGGAGGUGGCGUGCGACACCCCAGUUGGGAGGCUGCGCCAGGUGGUCGACGCCAUGGCGGUGGAGAUGCACGCUGGUCUCGCGUCCGACGGCGGCAGCAAGCUCAAGAUGUUGCUCACCUUCAUCGAUAACCUGCCGGAUGGAACCGAAGAAGGUACAUACUACGCACUUGAUUUAGGAGGUACAAAUUUUAGGGUCCUGCGGGUUCAGCUUGGUGGUAAAGGGUCCAUGAUAUUGAGUCACAAAGUGGAAAGUCAACCAAUUCCCCAGGAAUUAAUGACUGGUACAAGUGAGGAGCUGUUUACUUUUAUUGCUUCAAUACUAAAGCGGUUUGUUCAAAGUGAGAAUGAUGGUUUUCAACAGCUACCAGAUGAUAGAAAAGAUCUUGGAUUUACAUUUUCUUUUCCUGUGAAACAAUUGUCUAUUUCUUCUGGUGUUCUUAUCAAGUGGACUAAAGGGUUUUCAAUUGAAGAUGCUGUUGGAAAAGAUAUUGCACAGUGUUUAAAUGAAGCCAUGACAAAGAUUGGACUUAAUAUGCGGGUAGCUGCAUUGGUGAAUGACACUGUUGGCACAUUGGCUCUUGGGCAUUAUAAUGAUGAGGACACUGUCGCUGCUGUGAUAAUUGGAACAGGGACAAAUGCUUGCUAUCUUGAGCGCACUGAUGCAAUUAUUAAGUGUCAAGGCCUUCUUACAAAUUCUGGUGCAAUGGUUGUCAACAUGGAAUGGGGGAAUUUCUGGUCAUCACAUCUACCGAGAACCUCCUAUGAUAUAGCUCUAGAUGAUGAGAGCCCUAAUCGUAAUGAACAGGGUUUUGAGAAAAUGAUUUCAGGAAUGUACUUGGGUGACAUCGUUAGAAGGGUACUUUAUAGGAUGGCAGAGGAGUCAGAUAUCUUUUUAGAUCCUGCAAAAAAUUUAUCAGUCCCCUUUAUCUUAAGGACACCUCUGAUGGCUAACAUGCAUGAGGAUGAUUCACCUGAUCUGACAGAAGUUGGAAGGGUACUUGAGGAACACUUGAAGAUAUCUAGAGUCCCUUUGAAGGUAAGAAGGCUUGUCGUGAGAGUAUGUGACAUAGUCACAAGAAGAGCUUCCCGGUUAGCUGCAGCAGGCAUAGUUGGGAUGCUGAAGAAAACAGGACGAGACGGGAGUGGUGGUGUUGCGAGUGGAAGAACGAGAGGCAAACCGAGAAGAACCGUGGUCGUAGUCGAAGGCGGUCUCUACAUUGGCUAUACAAUGUUCAAGCAGUAUUUGAACGAAGCUAUCGGUGAGAUCUUAGGUGAUGAGGUCGCCCCAUACGUUCUUCUCAAAGUCUCCGAGGAUGGAUCGGGAAUCGGUGCUGCUCUCCUUGCUGCAGUAUAUUCAUCAAAUAGAUAAAUCUUUCUAUACAUAUAUUAUUAUGUGCAAAUAUAGAAAGAUCAGUUGAUCAUAUAUAUAUGUGUAGAGUUUUCAU